CUCCUAAACGCAACAAGAUGAUCAACAUAGCCGGCGUCGCGAGCAUUAUACUCUUUUAUGCGCUCAUCCUGGUCGUGGGCAUUUGGGCUGGCCGCAAAAAGCAGGCGGGCAAUGAUUCCGAAGAGGAGGUCAUGCUGGCGGGUCGCUCCAUUGGACUCUUUGUGGGCAUCUUCACCAUGACAGCUACUUGGGUGGGCGGCGGCUACAUAAACGGCACGGCGGAAGCGAUAUACACCUCGGGCCUGGUCUGGUGCCAGGCGCCGUUCGGCUAUGCGCUCAGCCUGGUCUUUGGUGGCAUCUUCUUUGCCAAUCCCAUGCGCAAGCAGGGCUAUAUAACGAUGCUGGAUCCUCUCCAGGAUUCCUUUGGUGAGCGCAUGGGAGGCCUCUUGUUUCUGCCUGCGCUUUGUGGCGAGGUAUUUUGGGCAGCUGGGAUUCUGGCUGCACUGGGCGCCACCUUGUCCGUCAUCAUAGACAUGGAUCAUCGCACCUCGGUCAUUCUGUCCUCGGGCAUUGCCAUAUUCUAUACGCUCUUCGGCGGCCUCUACUCGGUGGCCUACACGGAUGUCAUCCAGCUGUUCUGCAUCUUUAUCGGGCUAUGGAUGUGCAUACCGUUCGCGUGGACUAAUGAGCAUGUGCGCAGCCUAAGCGACAUGGAGGUGGACUGGAUUGGUCACGUGGAGCCCAAGAUGCGCUGGUUCUACAUCGACUACGGGCUGCUCCUGAUCUUUGGCGGCAUACCCUGGCAGGUGUACUUUCAGCGCGUGCUCUCCAGCAAGACGGCGGGCCGGGCCCAGCUGUUGUCGUACGUGGCCGCCGCCGGCUGCAUCCUGAUGGCCAUUCCACCCGUGCUCAUCGGCGCCAUAGCCAAGGCGACCCCUUGGAACGAGACGGAGUACACGGGUCCGUACCCCUUGACCGUGGACGAGACCAGCAUGAUCUUGCCCAUGGUGCUGCAAUAUCUGACGCCCGAUUUCGUCUCCUUCUUUGGCUUGGGCGCCGUCUCCGCCGCGGUCAUGUCCUCGGCUGACUCCUCCGUGCUGUCCGCCGCGUCCAUGUUCGCACGGAAUGUUUACAAGCUGAUAUUCCGCCAGAAGGCAUCCGAAAUGGAAAUCAUUUGGGUAAUGCGCGUUGCCAUCGUCAUCGUCGGCAUACUGGCCACCAUUAUGGCCCUGACCAUACCCUCCAUUUACGGACUCUGGUCCAUGUGCUCCGAUCUGGUCUACGUCAUUUUGUUUCCGCAGCUGCUGAUGGUCGUCCACUUCAAGAAGCAUUGCAAUACCUACGGCAGCCUGGCGGCCUAUAUUAUAGCCCUGUUCAUCCGACUGUCCGGCGGAGAGUCCAUCCUGGGCCUGCCCGCCCUUAUACACUAUCCGGGCUACGAUGUGGAGACGAACACACAGCUGUUUCCCUUCCGCACCAUGGCCAUGCUGAUCAGCCUGAUCACGCUGGUCUUUGUCUCCUGGUGGACAAAAAUGAUGUUCGAGUCCGGCAAACUGCCGCCCAGCUAUGACUAUUUCCGCUGCGUGGUCAACAUACCGGAGGAUGUGCAGCGCGUGGGCGAUCCGGCCGAGUCCGGGGAGCAGCUGUCCGUCAUGGCAGGCCCCCUGGCGCGCUCCUACGGCGCCGCCACCAUGGCCGGCAAGGAUGAGCGCAACGGACGCAUCAAUCCGGCCCUAGAGUCCGAUGACGACUUGCCCGUGGCCGAGGCGAGGCGCCUCAAUCAGCAGACGGCCCAGUCGCAGGUGCAAAAGAUGCUCGACUCGGCCACAGGCAAGGCUGGCGGAGGCGGCGGUCAAUGUCAGGGCAUGGCCAUGCCCACGCCGGAACAGGACAAUACGGUCUUCUGAGCGGGGUCCGCCUGAUUUUAGUGCGCCGAAAAGUUACUACAAUUUAUGUUUGAGUUGGGCUUCUUUUUCUUUUUUUACAUCACGUAUGAUGUAUAUGAUGCAUAUAUGAUGUACGUUAAACACACAAGUGCUCAGGUAUAUAGUGCAGAAUGUUGCGUUUAAAGUUUAUAAUUAUGUUGCCAAAGUUUUAACAUAGUGUUUUGUAGAGGCUUUUUUUACGUUCCUUUAUUUUAUUUAAUAAAUUUAUUUUAAUAAUAAUUUUUAAUUUAGGAGGCUUUGCAUAGAGUAAAUGGAAUACAUAUACUUCAAUUGACGCAUAACCAAAUGUAUAAAUGUUAUAUAUAGCGAUAAACUGAUCGAUAAACGUGAAAUCGAUAAAAACAUAUCAAUGAAAAACUGAAAGCAACUGAAAACAUAUCAAAUGCAUUUCCCCCAUUUUGCGCGAGAAAUGCAUUCAAAAUACGUAUUAUUCAAUAGAGUUUAAAGAAGAAGAGCGAAUAAUAUACCUAUAAUUAGUAUAUAUAACUAUAUAUAAUAUACAUUUUAUUCUGUCACGUUUGUGUUGUUUGUGUCAUUUGAUGUAGUUGAACAAGUUUGGCAAUUUUAUUGAUUCUAUGAAAUUUAGAUGCAUAUAAUGUGAAUCAUGUGUCCUUCCACGAAGCAACAGAAAAUGAAUCAAAGCUGACUAAACGUACAGAAAGAAUUGAAAGAAAUAUUCGAUUGAAGUGCAAUAAAUAACGAAUACAUAUCAACUAUGCAACUGAAGAAUAUAAGGAAUAUAAAGCAAACGAUUUUUAGCUGCUCUCAAAGAGCAAAAUAUAUCCUCCCCAACCCCCAAAAAAAACCCAAACAUAUUCGAGAUGUUGCCUCAUAGUACCUACAAUUACCAUAUACAUACACAUGUUUAUAAAAUAUAUAUAAAACUAUAUAAUAUAUAGAGAAGGCAAUUGAAUUUAGAAAGUUUAUACCCAGAUAUUUGCAAUUGGAAUACAAACCCAUUUAAAGAUACUCCACAUUUGUUUCCAAUUUGCCAAUUUUCAUAAAAUUUUCUUAUUUUCUUAUCAAUUCUACCGGCUCGUUUGUUAAACUUGGAACAGAUUUAAUAUAUCUAAUACUAUAUAAUAUAUGUGUUAUAUAAAAAACUUGAUAAUGUUUAAGUACUUAAAUGUUGACUGCUUUUUGAUUGAACUUUAUAUGAGAAAAUUGAUAAAGUAAAAAAAAGAGAGUCCAAAGAUAUGGCAUACUAUAUAUACUAUAUAUCUGUUCUUGCUGUUGUUACCUGCUGUUAAUUGUUAUUUGUCUCUUGGUUUUUUGCCUAUUAUCUGAGAGUGUGUAGCUCUUGCUAAAUACUUAGUCAAAGCUCGUAGCUAAUACUUAUGCAAAAUUGUUUGUGCAACUCUUUAGCCAUGGUUAAUGGAACUGCGGAAUUUGCCAGUGUUUAAGUUUGAAGUUAACUCACCUUUUUGUAUAUAUAGGAAAAAGUAACUUAAUUGCAAUUGUUUAAGCAAAUUACUAACAACAACAACAAAACCACCAACUAUGUUAUGUAUUACGAUAUUACGGGAUGAGCAAUGAAUUGAACUAACCAACUAAUUAAUAUGGCAAUUAUAGGGUAUCAGUGCCGUCGGACAUUUCACGUUCACCCAUUAUUGUUGUCUAAUUAAUUGAUGUAUACAUAGAUACCCAUUAGCGGCAUAUUACAAUUAUGUUACGAUAUAUUACGAGCGACUUUACGAUAUACAAAAAAAAAAAUAUAUAUAUAUAUAUACGAUCAAAUUAUACCGAAAAAAAACGAGAUACAUAUCAAUGUUAAAAGCAUAGCAAAAGGAAAAUUAAAAA